AUGCGGUGGCGGCGCUGCCUGCUUCGUGGUCUGCGGGCCGUGGCGUGCGUGUGGUGCGUGUGCCUCGUGCUGCAGUGGUCGAUGGCUGGCACGUACCACACGGCGCCGUGGCCGCGGCAUGCACUCAUGCUUACUGCGCAUCCCGACGACGAGUGCAUGUUUUUUGGGCCGAUCAUCCAGAGCCUCGUGCAGCACGGCGUCACGGUAUCGGCGCUAUGCCUGUCGGAGGGCAAUGCCGAGGGGCUCGGGCGCGUGCGUGCGCAUGAGCUGACGCGCAGCUACAGCGUGCUGGGCGUGCCGCGCGAUCGCGUGACGUGCCUUGAUGACGCGGCGCUGCAGGACGGCAUGGACGUGUCGUGGAGUGCCGCGUACAUUCGGCGCCUCCUGGCGCAGUAUGUCGAGGACCACGCGGUGGAUGUCGUCAUUACGUUUGACGAGCGCGGCGUGUCGCUGCACCCGAAUCAUCGCGCGGUCUACGACGGUGCGCGGCUGUGGGCCGAGACGCAUCCUCGGCGGCUGUGGACGCUGGAUACGCUCACGUGGCGGACCAAGUUUGCGGGCCCUGUCAGUGCGGUGCUGCAGCGCUGGAGUGCGUCCGACUGGGUCGUACUGGCGUCGUGGCGUGCGUACGCGACGAGUCUGGCGGCCAUGUGGCAGCACCGCACGCAGCUCGUGUGGUUCCGCUAUCUGUACAUGGCGUGUUCGUCGUACAUGCAGGCCAAUCGGCUGACUAUGGUACAAGGUGGCUAG